GGAGGGGAGGGUAUAAGCCGUUUUUGUAUAUAUACAAACCCUCUCUUCCUUCAUUCUGUGAACCAUCGUUGUUCGUUUGUCUUUCGCCAGUGUCGGAUACAUACAGCGUAUAUUCUAAACGGUCCGGUACCGACACUACCCCUCCAAUCAAGAAGAAAUGCUCGCAGUACCCUACACCCACACCCACGUCUACAGACCAGCACCACCCAUGAAACCAUCCCAAUCCCUUGAAGGCCUAGAACAAGUCAUCCCACCCACGUCACCGUUAGUACUUUCUUCACCGUUAUCUCUCACCGGCCGGCCCUACUAUCUCCAACUCGACAAGCCGCUACCUGAGAAACCGCUCCCCAACACACCACCCCCCAUGGGCUACUCGGAUUCAAUGUCGUGGAGUAACAGCAACGAGACUAGUACGCUGGAUAGUGGGUCAAGAUACUCGGGGCGGGAGUCGUCACGGUAUUCAUCGGAUAGUUAUCCGAUUUUCGUCAAGACGGGGAGUGAGUAUGGUGUUGAGCGGCCGUAUUCGGGUGCCAGUGGGGAUGUUGGGAAGGGCGAGUUAUUGUCGCCGACUGUCCCUGCUCCGCUUGUGACGAGGCAUAGUCAGGGUCCGUUGGAGGCGUUUCUGGCUAAUGAUAACGAGGAGAAUGAUGUAUUGGGGGAUCUGGAGGAUCUGGAGGCAUGGAAUGACGAGGAUGACUAUAACGAUCACCAUCUUGACGCACGGUGGUCUCAGAUCCGUCAUACGGCCACGGACUUCACGCAAGCUCGCAAUGAUAACAGCCAUUACUUCCGAGAGAAGAAGUGGGAUUUCUUCCCCGAGUUGGCUCCUGUGGCGGGCAUGUCGAAGAGACCCUAUUGUCAGGCUGUCGAGGCUAAGAAACGGAAUACAUCUGCGUUUGACUUCCGGCGGACGCGCGCAAAUACAUUCACCGGGGCGCCGGCGCUGGCGAGCAAUGUUCGUGAUUCUAUUCGGUCUGUUGUGCAGAAGACGAUGAAGUCGUCGCUGGAGAAGGAGAAGGAGAAGCGGAGACGACAGCCAAGGCCUUCGACGGCGAAGAGAGCGGCUACUAGUAUGAGUGAUUUCUCUGAUAGCACCACUAGCAGCAACAGCAAGAGCAAGCAGCAGCCUGAGCGCAGCGACUACCUAUACGCCAUCCAAAAGCCGCAGCCGCCUUACGAGGAAAACGUCUCCAUCGCCACCCGGCUCAGAUCGCUGUCCAUGUCCACCAGAUCCAGCGGUGCCAUGGGUAGCCCACGGUCCACCCCCCCACAUCACGGCCCGGCAUACCCCAAGCAACUCGCCGUGCCCUUAUCGCCGUAUCAAAAAUUUGGUACUGCCAUCUUCGACAAACCAUCCACCCCAUCCACCCCAAGCACACCCGCAAGCACAAGCACCCAACCCCACAAUAACAACCGCUUCUACCAAACCCAACUCCGAACCCGCAGCUGGUCCCUCUCAAACCCCACAACAUCAUACACAAGCACGAGUACAACCUCGUACAUAACCAACAACAGCUCAACCCCCAAUCUCACAGCAACACAAUCGUACUCCGAACUACCCACCUCACCACUGUUGCGGUCACAGCUGCAGCGCGGGACGAAAGCGCUGCAUGAUGGGACGAGUUAUAUGCGGGAUGCGUUGGACGGGGCGAAGAGGAGGAUUGUUGAUGCGAGGAUGGAUCGGAGGAGGGCGCAGUUGAAGGCGCAGAUUAGGUUGAUUGGACCGGUGAAUCCGUAUACGACGUAUGGGAGGGUUGAUCCUUGGGAUUGUGUUUGAUGUGAUGGGUCUUAUCUGUGCAUUUUUAUAUUAUUGGUGUUGUAUGCAAGU